UCUGAUGUCACAAGAGAAAGUUGGUGGCAGAAGCCUCCAACUUACUGCUGAGCAGCUGAAGCUAAUAGAGCAGAAAAGGAUUGAAGCUCUGCAGAGACUAGCGGCCCACAAUGUUCCUGUACCCAUCGGAGAGAGUUGGCGUAACCAAAUCGGGACUGAAUUCACUAAAGCUUAUUUCACCAAGCUGAUGUCUUUUGUUGCUGAGGAGAGAAAACGUUAUACUGUCCAUCCAAGUCCGGAGCAAGUCUUCAUGUGGACAAAUAUGUGUGCAUUUGAAGAUGUGAAAGUGGUUAUUUUGGGUCAGGAUCCCUAUCUUAGACGGGGCCAGGCUCAUGGACUAGCUUUCAGUGUACCAAAGUCUUCACCAACCCCUCCAAGCUUGGAAAAUAUAUUUACUGAGCUUGCAAUAGAUAUUGAGGACUUCCAACACCCUGGACAUGGAGACCUAACAGGAUGGGCUAAACAAGGUGUUCUGCUUCUGAACUCAGUGCUGACAGUGAGACACAGAGAGCCAACCUCUCACCAGGGUUUCGGAUGGGAGGAAUUCACUGAUGCUGUGGUUCGGAGUCUAAGCAGGAACCUGAAAGGUCUGGUGUUCCUGCUGUGGGGAUUGUACGCUCAUAGGAAAGGCAAAAUCAUUGAUAGAGCCCAGCAUCAUGUUCUUGAGACUAGUCACCCAUCUCCCUUCUCGGCUCACAUGGGCUUUUUUGGAUGCAGACACUUUUCGAAAACCAACAUGUUACUCAGCGCAUCAGGGAAGACUCCGAUUAACUGGAACACAUUUUGACCACAGUAGAUAUUUUAUAAGAUUUGAUUACAUUUUAUAUAAAAUUUUGACAUAACUCUUAAUUCUGAUCAUCAUUAGU